GCCGACCAACUCAACUUUUUUUUCGUAGGAACGAAGCAAGUAACAUGUAACAGCCCGAGGCGAAGCGAAAAUCGUGAGGCCAUCUGCCUUUAAAAUCCCUGCAUGCACGCUAUGGACUUGCAUUGCUCACUGCAACAAGCUCCAUGAUAUUCACUUCCCGCUUCACCAUUCUUGCCCUGCUCACCCUCCUCGCUGGUGCCAACAUGGAAUGCGCAGUGUGCCAAGAAGUGUUAUAUGUCGACGGUGUAUUGACCUACAAGCUAGUCAGGAUUUACGAGGAUUCUGAAAACGGGUUCAAGAAGUGCAUCUACGUGGAUAAGAAGGACGACGUGAUGACCUGCGAGUAUGUGGAUGACGGCAUGUUACAAGAUGGGGGUUCGGGGUGUCCGAAAGUGUCAAAGGAGGAGAACUAUGCAGGAUGUGAUGUCGAAUAGGCUCGACGAGAGGAUCAACAUUGGUCUGCAGAAAGUUGGGUAUAUCAAUAGAUUUCGUCUGCGUCAAGAAUUCUCUUCAUACGUGUUUCGCCUGGACCAGUUUGUGACAAUCAAUCGCCUCGAGCAUCUCGAGACAAUGAGUGCUCCUCCAGGCCUAUCAGUCAGCGUCUCAAAUUCAAACUUAGGCGAGUCCGUUCAUUCACUAUGUGGAAGAACGAAGUGACACGUGCAUAUCCCUGAGUUCACUCGUAUGAGGUCCAGGGGGAGUUGAAGCACAUG